AUGGCUGUUCCAACACCGCCCACGACAGCUUCAUCCUCUACGACAUUCGAACAAUGGCGGUCACCCCCUUCUCAAGACACUCCUCUGGCAGAGCCUGCUUCUUUACCUGGGUUACUAUCGCCUAAAACGAACGAAACUCAAUCUAUCUCCCAAGUCCAAAUGGGUAAAAACGAUCUGUUACAUCCUUCAUUCCUACCUCCUUGUGAACACGGUGAAAAGGACGGUGAAAUGCAUGCACACGCAUUCGAUCUUCUGUCAUUGUCUGGAACUGCACCACCUUCCACUUCCGCUUCCACUUCCACUUCUUCUCGACCACCUUUACCAGCUGCGAAAACCACCAAUGCAGUCCCAUCAUCCGUUCCUGCUCAUACUACCUCAUAUCUUUCAGCCUCAAGACCGCCAGUGGUCAAUGUGAAUAUAAACGGGAAUGGGAUAGAGAAGAAAGAGACUGGUAACGGAAAUGGGAACGGAAACGCAGUGCAACCUAAACCUAGAAGGAUGAGUAGCUCAACUACGGGUGUAUUGGGAAGAGGGAAACUCGGUUUGACGGGUGCUGCAGAUGGGGGAUUAGGAUUAGGUGGAAUGGGUAAAGACAUACGUACUUCAUCAUAUACAGGCUCAACUCCAAUCCCUAAUCGACGUCCUACGAUAAGUAAUGGAUCACCAACACCACAAUUAUUCGACUUCGCGAAGACUGAUCGUCGUCCUUCUGGACCUUCUCUCAAUGGGCGCAAUGGCUCUGCCGUUCCAGCUUCCCUUCCCGUACGAAGUAACAUGCCCCGCCCAAUGCAGGACGACGAUAUAGAAUUAGAUAUGGAGUUUGACGGUGAUGAGGAUGAUGACGGAGAGAUUGAAGGGGGAAGUGGAAGGAGUGGAAGUGCGGAUAUCGAAAUGGACGAAGAUGAUGAUGGAGAAAUAUCGAAACUUGCUUUGGGAUCUGGUAGUGGCGGUCUAAAGGGUAGAAGGAAGGGUAUGGUCUUCAAGUGUGAAACUUGUAGCAAGGAAUACCGACACCCAAGUUGUUUGGUGAAACAUCGAUGGGAACAUAGUCCUCACUGGAAAGAACCAACGGCGUUGAGUAUGAGCAAACAUCAGCAAGUACAGAUGCUUGAAGCCGCCGCGAUUCUCGCCCAUCUUGAUCCCACAAUCAAUCCAGGUAGAUCACUACCGAACGACAAGUCUUUAUGGCCAGCUAUACUGGAAGGCAAAGCUGCAGGUCGACCGAGAUCAUCCUCUCGAGCUAUGCGAGACCCAUCCAUUCUCCGAUCACCACCUAGUUCAGUCAUCUCACCACUGACACCAUCUUCCCUACGUGAACCCCUGAUCCUCGGUACUGUGGCCGAACAUCACGAUGGUAAAGCAAGGAAAUCAUCACCUGGAUCAGAUUCUACUACCUCGUCGAUGGGUGCUGGAGAACCUUAUAUCCCUCAAAACACAGGUUUAGGUAUAAGGAAUGGCUAUACGAAUGGCAAUGGUAAUGGUAUCGCUGGAUCACCUCACCUAUCGCGGUCAAGUCGUCCAUUAGGUAUUGUACCGCCUUCUGCUGGCAGAAGAAACUCAUCAACCGUACCCGGAAACCCAAAUCUACCUGGUACACCACAAUCCGUAGGAUCAUUACCUGAUAUGGCCGGACUGAAUUUCCAAUCAUCAACACCUACUUCCCUAGGAAUGUCACCCAUUCCAUCAAGAUCAACUCCGCUUUACAAAGCUGGUCUCAUAGGUGGAGGUAUGUUUGGCACAGUUCAUACUGCCGUACCAUCAAGUUCGGUAAGAUCAGGUGCAGCUGAUUUACUUGAAGACGAGGAAGAAGAAGAUUGGGCGAACGUAAGAGGUAAAAGUAGUUCAGAGGAAGCAGAUGCCAAAAGGAAUGCAUCAGGUUCAGGAGAAGGCGAAGGUGAUGGUUGGAAUGGUAUGGCUAUGGAGAUGGAACUAUAG